CACUUCCUAUCUACGCGACACGUUCUCUCGGGAACCGUUUCCUGCUGACGUUCUGUUUACUCUUUCAUUUUAAUGGAUUUGAUUUCUCAAACAGAAGAACUUCUGCAGCCUGUCUUAAUUAACCGCUAAUAAAAUAAUGGGGAGGUGUGCACGAUGCGCUCUACUUUGUUAAUACAUUGUAUUUGCGCACGAGCUCCGUUGCUGAUAGUGAGGACGUUACAAGAAAACAGUCUCGUGCUUUCCUAACGAUAUCACUUCUCUUUACCACUAGAGUUGCUUCAAACGGUGGCAGGGUGGUGAAAUUUCAGGUUUGAGGGUUGUGUUUGUUGCUUCGAGAUGGCUGGGGGCAUCACAGAAUCAGGGGAGCCUUACUCACCAUUUGUUGGCCUGGUGUACAUGUUCAAUCUAAUUGUUGGCACUGGUGCCCUGACCAUGCCCAAGGCCUUUGCAGCAGCUGGCUGGGUAGUCAGCGUCUCCCUCAUCACAUUUUUGGCUUUUAUGAGUUUCAUGACCACCACGUUUGUGAUUGAAGCCAUGGCUGCUGCCAAUGCCCAACUACGCUGGAAGAGGAGAGAACAGGAAGAGAUUAAUGACAGCGACUCCAGCUCGGACUAUUCAGAUGAUGAGGUCACUAUCCGGGGACGUUCGGAACCUGUCGAGACGCGGCCCAUUCUCUCUGUCCAGCGUGCCUCGAAUAUAGACCACUUUGACAUUGUCGAGAGGGUCGAGAUGGGACAAAUGGCCUCCAUGUUUUUUAAUAAAGUUGGCGUCAACAUGUUCUACAUCUGCCUAAUCGUGUACCUGUACGGAGACCUGGCCAUUUAUGCUGCUGCUGUACCUGUAUCACUGAUGGAGGUCGCUUGUGGGAAUCACUCGUGCAGUGCUGGGAGUGUGAAAUACAAUGAUACCGAGUCAUGCUGGGGCCCUGUAAGACGCAAAGACGCCUACAGAGUGUUUCUGGGUGUCUUCACACUGUUUUUGGGGCCCUUCACCUUUUUUAAUGCGCAGAAGACCAAAUACCUCCAGAUCGUCACCUCUGUAAUGAGAUGGAUUGCAUUCACCAUGAUGAUCAUCCUGGCUUUGAUUCGCAUUGGCAAGGGACACGGUGAGGGCCGCCCAUCUGUGGCUCAGGUCUCGGGUGUACCCAACCUCUUCGGGGUCUGUGUCUACUCCUUCAUGUGCCAGCACUCACUGCCCUCACUCGUGACGCCCAUCUCCAACAAGCAGCGCAUGAGCGCCCUGGUCAUGGCCGACUACAUCCUCAUCCUGUGCUUCUACGCCCUGCUGUCCCUCACAGCCAUAUUCUGCUUCGACAGCGCUCUCCUGCGUGACAUGUACACUUUAAACUUCACAGAUAACUGUGACGUUUUGGGCAUUCCAGUGUUGCGCUACUUCCUGGGCCUCUUUCCCGUCUUCACCAUUAGCACCAACUUUCCCAUAAUAGCCGUCACACUACGCAACAACUGGAAAACUCUCUUCCAUCGCGAUGGCGGCACGUACCCUUGGGUGGUGGACCGUAUCGUCUUCCCACUCAUUACUCUAGUGCCGCCCAUUAUCGUGGCCUUCUGUACUCACGAUCUGGAGUCGCUUGUGGGUAUUACUGGAGCAUAUGCCGGAACGGGCAUUCAGUAUAUGAUCCCGGCUUUUCUGGUGUAUUUCAGUCGGCGUCAUCUAGAGCCCGUGUUGGGAAGGGAUGCUGUAAAUAAGCACCGGUCACCUUUCCAUCAUGCUUUCUGGGUUUGGUUUGUGAUAUUGUGGGCAACGUUCUGUUUAAUGUUUGUAACGGCUAAUAUUGUCCUUACAGAAACCAAGAACUGAGUAUAAAAGCAGAUUUGUUUUGUCAA